GGUCUGAGGGGGACAGUGGGUCUGAGGGGGACAGAGGGUCUGAGGGGGACAGAGGGUCUGAGGGGGACAGAGGGUCUGAGGGGGACAGUGGGUCUGAGGGGACAGUGGGUCUGAGGGGACAGUGGGUCUGAGGGGGACAUGCAGCGUUGGGGACGGUGAACGUCGGUCACCCCUUUAGCCUCACCCGUCAGCGCUGCAUGAACUCCCAGAAACCCUGCUGGGCGCCUCCGGCCUGGAGCCCCGCAGCCCUGGAGCCCUGGAGCCCUGGAGCCCUGGAGCCCUGGAGCCCUGGAGCCCUGGAGCCCUGGAGCCCUGCAGCCCUGGAGCCCUGGAGCCCCGCAGCCCUGGAGCCCUGGAGCCCUGGAGCCCUGCAGCCCUGCAGCCCUGGAGCCCUGGAGCCCUGGAGCCCCGCAGCCCUGGAGCCCCGGAGCCCUGGAGCCCUGGAGCCCUGCAGCCCUGGAGCCCCGCAGCCCUGGAGCCCCGGAGCCCUGCAGCCCUGGAGCCCUGGAGCCCUGGAGCCCCGCAGCCCUGGAGCCCCGCAGCCCUGCAGCCCCGGAGCCCUGGAGCCCUGCAGCCCUGCAGCCCUGGAGCCCCGCAGCCCUGGAGCCCCGGAGCCCUGCAGCCCUGCAGCCCUGGAGCCCUGGAGCCCUGGAGCCCUGGAGCCCUGCAGCCCUGGAGCCCUGGAGCCCUGGAGCCCCGCAGCCCUGGAGCCCUGGAGGUCUACAGUCCUGGUCUACAGCCCUGGUCCACAGUCCUGGUCUACAGUCCUGGUCUACAGCCCUGGUCCACAGUCCUGGUCCACAGUCCUGGUCCACAGUCCUGGUCUACAGUCCUGGUCUACAGUCCUGGUCUACAGUCCUGGUCUACAGUCCUGGUCUACAGCCCUGGUCUACAGCCCCGGUCUACAGCCCCGGUCUACAGCCCCGGUCUACAGUCCUGGUCCACAGUCCUGGUCUACAGUCCUGGUCUACAGUCCUGGUCCACAGUCCUGGUCUACAGCCCCGGUCUACAGCCCCGGUCUACAGCCCUGGUCCACAGUCCUGGUCUACAGCCCCUGCUGCCCCGGCAUCGGACCAUCAGUCGGUCGUCUCUGUGGACCCGCUGUUAGACUGUGAGUCGACCCACUGCCAGAGAGGCCUAA